AUGCAAGUGGAAGUUCAAAGCCUCAGCCUUGAAGAGUGUCCCUGGGGACUUCCAGGCCCCGAAUGUGAAUGUGAAGCCCUUCUGCCCAGUGGGGCAAGACGCCGGAGUGACCUUCACCUGAGUGGGAGGGCAGUCACUGUUUGGGUCCACUUUAGGGGUGGUCCAGGUCAAUUUAACUUGUCAUAUGCCACGGGAAGACAUAAGAAGCCAAUCCCACACCAAAACAUGAACAGGGGAAUGGAAUUUAUUGCUCCUGUGUCAGCUCCCACCAAAUCCGGUGCCCUGUGGCAUUUUCUUUCUCCGGGCCCCACAGAUGCCCAGAGAUCAGUUAGAAUCAGGCCAGGCACCAGAAUGGGCUUGUCCUCAGAUCCAGUUGUCAGCACCUUGUCUUCCAAUUACCUAGCUCUGCUAACUCUCUCUUACAAGCCUGGGAGAAGAGUGACAAGUUCAUACCUAAAUGUACGUGGGCAUGAAGUAAGAAAGCUCCAGAAUUCUGCUGAGGCCACAAGGAUUUCCAGAACUGGCAGUAGUUAA